AUGCCCAAGUCAAAGCGCAACAGAGUGGUCAACCUGACCCAGGUGAACAAGAAGACGCGCGAACAAAAGGACAAGCUCUUUUCCAACAUUCGCGAGUCGGUGCCGCAGUACCAGCACUGCUUCGUCUUUGGCGUCAACAACAUGCGCAACAACUACCUCAAGGAGGUCCGCCACGAGCUCAACGACUGCAGACUCUUCUUCGGCAAGACGAAACUCAUGGCCAAGGCCCUAGGCCAAGACCCCUCCUCCGCCGUCGCAGACGGCAUCGAGCGCCUCACCCCCUUCCUCGCCGGCACCGUCGGCCUCAUCUUCACCAACCGCGACCCGGCCUCCAUCCUCGAGUACUUUGACGGCGUCUCCCCCGUCGACUUCGCGCGCGCGGGAACCGUCGCCACCCGCGACUUCGUCAUCCCCGCCGGCGUGGUCUACGCCACGGGCGGUGAGGUGCCCGCCGAGCACGACGUGCCCAUGGAGCACAGCAUCGAGCCCGAGCUCCGACGCCUGGGUAUGCCCACGCGCAUGGUCAAGGGCCGCGUCUGCCUCGGCGGCGACGACUCUGGCGAGGGCGAGGGAUACACCGUCUGCAAGGAGGGCGAUGUGCUCGACAGUCGGCAGACGAGGCUGUUGAAGCUGUUUGGGAUCUGCUUGAGCGAGUUCAAGGUCAAGGUUCUUGCAUACUGGAGCUCUGCUUCAGGCGAGGUAACCGAAGUGAACCCCAACGCCAUGGACGGCGUCGAGGUCGAGAGCGACUAA